GGCGGCUCGGGGACUGCGGGGCCUGCUGGGGGCGGGGCCGCGGCUCUCGCGUGCUGCUUGAGCGCUCGUGCUGAGAGAAAGGUCGAGAAAGAAGCAGCCCGCGGAAAGCGACUUUUUGGCUCCCGCGGUGGCGGCCACGAAGGACACUACGUACACCGAGAACGUGAGCCCUGCGUGUGCGUCUUAAAGGUUGUAGCUGGUUAAAUACAUCUGAAGGUAACAGCAGAGGAUGCAAAUUGCUGUGUGAAGCAGAUGAAGGUCAACAGUCAAGUUUAUGAUCCUAGAGGAGCAGGUGCAACCAAGCUUGGGAAGGAGGUGUGACUAAACUUGUCAGUUUAGUUUCCCAGGUGGAGGACAAGUUCAUACAACAGAAGAAGCCUGAAGAAGGAUAAUUUUCAAAUUUCAUGAGGAUGUUUCCCUGAACCCAAAACCAGACAAAGACAGCAGAAGAAAAGAAAACUACAGAGUUCAGAGGAAAACUUUCAGAAGCCAUUUCUCUCCUUCGACCAUGAGCUCCAGCACAGCUGAGAUCCUGAAAAAGAGAACGCUCCUAGACAAAGAUCUGCAGGUCGGGGUGCAGGAAGAGCUGAAGGGAGACCUGAACAUGAAGAAGGGGAGCGACACAGCACAGGUGGAGCAGGUGGUGCAGGCCAGUGUGGCAGCAGCACCCACAGCCCCAGUGACAGCAGCACUGGCAGCACCUCCAGCGCCUCCUCCUCCUCCUCCCUCAGCAUCCGCUCCACUGCCCCAUCCCACAACCCCACCACCAGCAGCUGCCCAGAAGAGGAAGCGGGAAGGGCAGAAGGAUGCCAAGUCCAAGAAGAAAAUGAUCUCCACUGCCUCAAAGGAAACUAAGAAGGACACAAAGCUCUACUGUAUCUGUAAAACACCUUAUGAUGAGUCUAAAUUUUAUAUUGGCUGUGAUCGGUGUCAGAAUUGGUACCACGGGCAUUGUGUUGGCAUCUUGCAAAGUGAGGCAGAGCUCAUUGAUGAGUAUGUCUGUCCACAGUGCCAGUCGAAAAAGAAUGCCAUGACAGUGCUCACACCACUGACAGAGAAAGACUAUGAGGGCUUAAAGAAGAUACUGCACUCCUUACAGACCCAUAAGCUGGCCUGGCCUUUCCUUGAGCCAGUAGACCCCAGUGUUGCACCAGAUUACUAUGGUAUUAUUAAGGAACCCAUGGAUCUUGCCACCAUGCAAGAAAGAGUACAAAAACGGUAUUAUGAAAAGCUGACGGAAUUUGUGGCAGAUAUGAACAAAAUUUUUGAUAACUGUCAUUACUACAAUCCAAGUGACUCCCCUUUUUGCCAGUGUGCAGAUGUCCUGGAAUUAUUUUUUGUACAGAAAUUGAAAGGAUUCAAGGUUAGCAGGUCUCUUAACAAGAAACGACAGUCUACAGCUUCAAGUUCAGUGUGUAAACUUAACCCAAAGCACAGCAAGAAUCGGGUUGUCUGAACUAGUUUAAAUUAAAGAGCCAGAUGAUUUUAGUCAGGUUAUCCUGACAAGGCUUGACCUGAACUUCGUUUUCCUUGGUCCUAACAGUCCAGUUGUAUUCUUGACCAAUUUUGUCAGACAGACAAGAACAAAGUUAAUGACAUCAUUAUCUUGUCAAGAUCAAAUGGUUUUACUAUUGUGGCAGAAGUGGGAAAACUUUGUUUAUUGAAAAAAAA